AUGUCUCUCGCAAGGGCGCUCGUCCUCACGCGAACGGUUCCGUUUAACGAGUCGAAACGAAUUUCCAACGUCAAGGGGAAACAGCGAAUUAAUAGAGUCUCCCGCGCGCGCGUCGUCAUCCGCGCCGCCGGGGACGACUCGCCGACGGUGAACGGUGCGUCCAUCGAUGAUGUAUCUCCCGAACCGAUCGCGGUGGCGGUGGAACCGACGGCGACGCCGCCGGCGGAGGGAAUCCUGGCGCGGGCCAGGCGGACGGCGAGCGACGCGACGCGAAGAGCGAGAAAAUCGUUCCAAGGGAGCGGAGACGGCGGUCGAGGCGAUCGGGGUGGUGGACGAAAGUGGUUCGGCGGUGGUGGCGGUGGCGGUGGCGGUGGCGGGGACGAUGAGUCGAUGCGCGGCGAAGAGCCGGAUAGGGAGUUGAGCGCCGAGGAGGCGCGGGCGUGGACCAGAGAUAGCUCGGACGAGGUCUACGCCGCGGUCGACGGUGCGAUGUUAUUCGCCGGUGUCGUCGUCGCAUUUUUGGUGGCGCCGCUGGCGUUCGCGGUGUUUCACAUGAUCAAGCCCACCAAGGCGCAGAGGGAACAGUUUGAGUACGAGCAGAGAACGGAGGCGUGGCGAAAAAAGCGCGAGAGAGAGGAGGCAAAAGAGAUGGAAGCGGUGCGAAAGGUGCGAGAAGUGACGGGAAUCGAGAUGAAGAGCGUCGAGGAGAUCGCAACGUCGGAUGAUUCGGAUGAAGAGGUGGAGGACGAUCCCGUGGAUGAGAAUGAACAGGAGGAAGGCAUCGCCGCGAGCACCGAAGAGGUACGAGGAAGUCCUCAAGCCGACGCCGAAGUCGAGAGCGCUGAUGUGAUCGUCGACGCCGAGGCUGCUGUAGCUUCGCCGGUGAAGUUGUCGCCCGUGUCCGAACGCCAGAGCGAGAUCUCAGAGGCUGAGCCAGAAGAGUCGACGUCGGCGCUCGACGACGAAGAGGAAAUAAUCGAGACCGUACGCGCUUUGGACGACACAGAGGUGAAGUUGGUUCGACGCUAUCACCAAUCCGAUGAGGAAUAUCUGCCGACCAGUCCGGACAAUCCACACCACAAGCUUGUUCAGGCUAUUAGAGAGGCGAACCACAUCGUGCGCCAAACGCAUGAACGAAAAGUGGAGUGCGAGCAAGAGUUUAAAGACGCGCUAAGAUAUCGUCAGCAGAUCGUGCACAUCUUAACUGAUCGGGGCAUUCCAGUGGCUCCCCUGGUUGAGAUCAAAGAGACGUUCGGUCAGUCUGAAAAGACUCCGAUAUCCGCGGUGGCCAAGAAGAAAUUGAACGACGCGUUCAAGCACGGUGCACAGCAAGGCGUGCGAUUCGUACGCUUCGCGUCUCCGCAUGUGAAGCACGCGAGUCAGAAGGCGUUCGAAUCCGGUAAAAAUUACACCAAGGUGGCGCACGACAAGUUUAAGGAUGCGCAAGCCAGGGGCGACAUCCGCAUCCCGGAUAUCGGUGAAGCGACCGCCAAGGUCCAAUCUGUCGGUCGAAAGGCGCUCGGCGCCGUCGUUAAGGCGUACGACGCCCUUGGCUUCGGACGAGACCACGACGACGGCUCUAAGAACGACAACCCUAAGCCCAAAUCUCGUGCGGCUUGA